AAGUGCAGGAGAAAGCAGCAGAGUGCUCAGCUGGAGCUGCUCACACCGGUUAAGGGACCUGAAGGGAGAUCAGCCAGAGAACAUGAGGAACUUUCUCAUCGACCUGAUUCUCUUAUUUAUCGCCAGCCAAGUGAGCGCGCGGACGGUGAAGAACGCCACCGAUUUACCGACAGGCGCGAGCAUGACCGUUACAGAGCGCGCGAAAGAUCAGGAGUCGGCGAUAAAAUCGAGGAAGAAGCGAUAUAUUUCUCAGAGCGAUAUGUUGGCCAUCGUUGAUUAUCACAACCAGGUGCGAGCUCGAGUGUUUCCUCCAGCAGCCAACAUGGAGUUCAUGGUGUGGGAUGAGUCUCUGGCGCGUUCAGCUGAGUCCUGGGCUGCCACCUGUAUCUGGGAUCACGGACCUCCAUAUCUCCUCCGAUACCUCGGUCAAAAUCUCUCCGUCCGCACGGGCAAUUACCAGUCAAUACUGCAGCUGGUGAAGCCCUGGUACGAUGAGGUGAAGGAUUACGUGUUCCCCUACCCACAUAAUUGCAGCCCCACAUGCCCCAUGCGCUGUUAUGGACCCAUGUGCACACAUUACACACAGAUGGUUUGGGGGACAACGAACCGAGUGGGCUGUGCAAUUCAUGUGUGUUACAACAUGGUGGUGUGGGGAUCCGUGUGGAGACAAGCAACCUACCUGGUCUGUGAUUAUUCCCCCAAAGGGAACUGGAUAGGGGAGGCGCCCUACAAAGUGGGCGUGCCGUGUUCAGCCUGUCCCCCGAGCUAUGGAGGAUCGUGUAGGAACAAUAUGUGCUUCCCAUCAGUUAACUCCAACUUCAUGUACUGGUUUAAGUGAGCUGCCAUAGUAGAGUAAACAUGCACAUGUGUACUAUCUG